AAUUGCUCAGCCUAAAAAGAUAAUUUUUUUUUCCCGUGAAGGAAAAAAACUUAAUAAACUUAACCAUUACUUAUCUGUGCUCACGAAUCAAUUUCCCAUUGAAUCAAACUUCAUUCAAUGCUUGGCCGAUAAUCUUAAUGCCGAGAUAGUUUUGGGGACCAUUGCAAAUGUUGAGUUAUACCUAUCUGUUUGUGCGAUCAAGAGUUUUAUGAAAUGUUUUCAAAAAUAUAUCAUGAGAAAGCAGUGAGGAAAUUUGUCGUGUUACAUAUUUCCGAAGACGCCAGCGCGCAUUUUCUUGGUUGUAAUUUCAUUCAAGAUUAUUUAACGGUUUGCCUGGACAACCAUUAUCAACAUCAAUAUUUCAUUAUGAAUAAUGUUAAAUUUUUUCUUCAAAUAUUUUUCAAAUUAUUAGAAACUCCUAUGUUAUAUACUGAUUGUCGUAAAUGUAAUGAAAUUUUGGAAUAUUAUGCUGCCUUAAUGUUAUUAGAUUCAUGCUAUCGUUUACAUCAACAUUUUUGCAAAUUUGUCUUGGAGGAAAAGUGGAUUUUGGCUUUUACCAGUUAGCAAUUACCAACAUUUCAACAUGGACUCCUAUGCCGUGAGUUUGGAAUUGUGGAUAACAUGCUUAGGACAUUAGGACAUUACACCGUGCAUAAAUUUAAUAAAAGAAUAUUCUUUAUAUAAGAUUUAACAAAAUCGUUCACUGCGAGAAUUCCUGACCACGUACUUUCAGAGCAGGGCGAGAGAUUAAGGGAAUUGCUAUUGUUUGGCAAUGAUAAAUAUAAUGUUUCGCUUUUCAGUCUCCGUUCGGACCCAGAUUUGCAAAACUUAAGACGCUAAAUGGAAACUCUACGGGAGUUGUACGCCCUUCUUUAAUUCUUUUUCAUAUCUACUAAAAAAAUAUCGUUUUGCUUUCUUUGCUAUACUCUAAAGCAAAA